GGCAGAGCGAAACUGGUUUUGAAUAAACGGAGAGCCUUCGCUUCAUGUCAAUGCGCGAGCCAAGCGAGAAACUCAAGGUAGUGAGUGAAGCAUAAAACCAUUACAGGGGCGCAUGGAUACAUUGGUGGUUCUACUGAUGACGUGGGGCUUGUCUGUUGCCCACAUCUGUGAUCCAGAUUGUGCCCAGUGUAAGGGAUGCUUGUUGCCGGGUGAUCUCUCUGUCCUUGUUGGGCGGAACCUGACCUUGAAUUGCACCCUUGUCGACUCAGACAAUGGGAGUUCUUCUGAUCUUUUCUUCACUUGGGGACAUCAAACGGGCCUUUCAGGGUACCAGCAUGUGAUCUCCGAGGACACCCUACAGCUGGUCCUGCCAGUCAACGAGACAUUGGCGGAAGCUGCUGUCUUUUGCUGGCACGGAAAUGACACAGUGAUAGGCAGCAAGAACGUUACUGUUGAAUAUCCUCUCCACAAUGUGACGGGACUGCGGGUCCUCCUUGACGACUGGAGCAAUGUGACGGUGUCCUGGGACACGGGCCUGUACCUUCACCCCCGAGACAUCAGUGUGACCACUGCCUGGAGGGCAGCGUCUGAGGGAGGAUGGCACAACUGCAGCGUGAGCAAUACGACAUCGUGUUUCAUCGCCUCCUACACCCCGACGGGAAAUCUUACAUUCAACAUCACUGUGACGAACACAAGGGUUGGGGACUCGUUGUCCAUGCCCUUCACGGUUGACCCAGAGGAUUAUGUGAAGCCUGCGGCUGUAACGUCCCUCGACGCCGAAGUCCUCUUCAGCAGACGUCAGGUGGAACUCCGUUGGAAACCGGAGGCCGGAAACAGAUCCCUCACGUUCACAAUCGUCACACGGAAUUCCACGUUUCGGAGUUCCAACAUGACUACCCAGAACAAGAUGGAUGUCUCUGACCUGCAAUCAAACUCUCACUACACAUUCACUGUAACGGCUGAAUACCACCCGGCUCAAGAUGGAUACCCUAGUGAUCCAACAACGGUUGAUAUCAUUCUUUCUGAGGACGGUGUACAGCCGGAUGACCCGUAUGUCAUCAUUGGCAGCAACCUGACUCUCAACUGUACCCUGGCUGACACAUCGGAGGAAGCGUAUUUCACGUAUGGAAAUGAUAAGCUCCUUCCAAAGGAGUACCAGCGGCUUAUUGCAGACAACGUUCUGCAGCUUCACAUGCCAAUCAGUAACACUUCCUUCGAUGGUGUAACUAUGAUGUGUAACCCGAUGGGAGAGAACCGACGUCAAACAAUUGUCCUUGAAAAUCCUCUUCAAAACGUGACGGACCUGAAGAUCCUCCUCAACGACUGGAACAAUGUGACGGUGUCGUGGGACACGGGCGGGUACCUCCACCCUUGGGACAUCAGUAUGACCACUGUCUGGAGGGCAGCGUCUGAGGAAGGAUGGCACAACUGCAGCGUGAGCAAUACGACAUCGUGUUUCAACGCCUCCUACACCCCGACGGGAAAUCUGACAUUCAACAUCACUGUGACGAACAAAAAGGUCAAGGACUCGUUGUCCAUGCCCUUCACGGUUGACCCAGAGGAUUAUGUGCGACCAGCGCCUGUGAUGGCCUUAGAACUUAUCAGUGUCACCAGUCGUGACGUGACGUUGAAGUGGGGAAACAACACCAAUAGAAGAAAUCUGACCUUCACAGUCAUCACAAGAUCAGCUACAUCCAAUAUGACAGUAACCACGUCGGAGAAUCAAAUCACGAUCAGCGACCUGAGACCAAACACGAAGUACGACUUCUCUGUCUCGGCCAUGUCCGCCACCGCUCGGCACGGGUACCCGGGUGAGCCGAGGACAGUUUCUAACUCCACUGGUGAAGAUGCACCCGAGGCAGCACCCAACGUGACUGAAGGCAGCUUCCUCGCGCACGACUGCAUCGACGGGAAGAGGAAUAUUUCUGUUUUUAUAAAGGCACCGCCAAAGGAAUCCCACAAUGGAAUUUUAACGAACUACAAGAUAAGGCUGUUCACUAACACCAUGGAAAAGGCCGUGGUUUUAACGAGCUACAUGAUGCCGCUUUGUAACAACACGGGCAUGGUAAUCGUCUGUCCAGCGACAACUACAACACUUUUACUUGACGACCUCAACUGCAACGUUGACUACGUCAUCUCGAUAUCAGCAUCUAACGCCGCCGGAACUUCCCCAACGUCUUCUCUGCGCAUACCCAAACUCGGGGACGUCCAACCACCAACGGAUGUGAUCAGUGCUUGGAACGGUACCGAGGUGACUGUGUACUGGACAUCCACAUCGCCUGACCAACCUUACAACUGGACAGUAUUCUGGUGUCAGUGGGGGUCAACAAAUAAAACAUGCCAGAAUGACAUUCAAUGGAAAACUGUCAAUGGCACCCAGAGAUCCGCACGCAUCCCUAUGAAAAGCAAAGAUCGUGCACUCAUUCGUUUUGGUGUAUCCAUGGAAACAGCGAAAGGAAGCUCUGGACUAUCGAUAAGUCGUUGUAAUUACAAUUAUAGUGACGUCCCGGCCAAGCCAGACAAGACAAGCUUUGAUGUUGAAAGUAAGCCCGACCUCGCCCUCACAGUCAGUUGGAAGCUGGACAGAUGCUCCGGACAGGGCUUCAUCUCCGUCAUCUCUAUAGAACAUUGCUCCGAGAACUCUGCGUGCGGCAGUGUGAAUAUCUCCAGUGAGAAGGACAGCCAUGUAAUUGGGAAUCUUAAAAAGGAUUUCAACUACACAGUGAAGAUGCGCCAGAUAUCUCACACGGGACGGGGUGGCCCUUACAGUGACCCCAAGUUCGGCGUCCCUAUUGACUCACGUCUGGCAGCUGGAUUCAUUAUUCUCAUCGUCUUCGCCUGCUUCCUGGGUCUAAUCGUCUUCGUCUACAUUAGUAGUCGCUGUUGCAGGUCUCUGUACAAGAAGUGGAAAGCGUCCGAGGACAUCACAAUGCCGGAACUCUGCGAGAGACACUAUGAUGACGGUGCUACUACCAAAAACCCUCCAUCUGCCCCAGAGAAAACAGUCUCAGCACCAAGACCCAAAGAGGUCCCGCCCGCAAAUCAUCGCCAGAGCUUCGACAGCGGGCGAGGGAGUCUGACCCCAGAGGCUGCGGCCCGCAAUGCUCAACAAUACAACGCCAUGCUUCCAACGCCCUGUCCCCGUUCAAAAUUUAACCGGCUCAACUCUCGAGAAUCUGUUCCUCCCGAAUCCCCGCCAGCGACCGUCAACGAGCAGACGACUGUCGUAGAUGUGGAGCAGACUAUUGGAAGCAACCAGCAGAGCGGCGAAGGCAGCAAGCACACAACUGUAGCAGACGUGGAGCAGAGCGGCGAAGGCAGCAAGCACACAACUGUAGCAGACGUGGAGCAGAGCGGCGAAGGCAGCAAGCACACAACUGUAGCAGACGUGGAGCAGAGCGGCGAAGGCAGCAAGCACACAACUGUAGCAGACGUGGAGCAGAGCGGCGAAGGCAGCAAGCACACAACUGUAGCAGACGUGGAGCAGAGCGGUGAAGGCAGCAGAGUUUGGGAUGAGUCGUGGUGUGAUACCGGGGACGAGACAAACUCAGCCUAUGAUUCCGAUGUUCUGUCCGCGUAUGUGGCAGUGGUGCAAACAGACGAGGAAGAUUUGAAUGAGGAAGAAGAAGAAGAGAAAACGGAGGAAGAAGAACUUCAAUCUGAUCGUAACGAAAUGGGCCUGAAGAGCCUUUCACCUCCACCAGCAGUGUUCACAAAUCCUUCCUUCCCUUCACUCCAUGUCGGGUUAAAGCAGGGCUGUGGGGAUCCAGGAAAUGAAUACUACUGUACUAAACUUUGAUCGUACUAACUGUUGGCGUUCCCCAUCGCCCACCCACUGCAAGUCCACCUACUUUAAGCAUGGUCACGCCGUCACAUUUCAAAGCGGCAUUGAAACAAACGCACUCACUUUAAGCAUGGUCACGCCGUCACAUUUCAAAGCGGCAUUGAAACAAACUCACUCACUUUAAGCAUCGGCUACACGUUUCCAGUGCACGACACUAUAAUAUCUUCAACACGAUGACUGAUCUGUUGUGUCAGGCUUUGAAUUUAUGCUGUCAGUGGAUUGCAAGCCAGAUCGGACUAUUUUGACCAAUGUUUCUCAGGUCGUUACACGUGGAAUCAGUAUGUGUUCUCGAGGGGCUUCAGGUUUCAUCGAUCCGCGAUGUUUGUUGUACAAUGUUUACUAAAUACAAAGAUCGUAGGACGACUCACGUGCUUCUAACUACUGCUCGUUCCGCAAAACCGAUGUGACCCAAAAGUUUAAUCACAGAAAUGUGUUCGGAAUGUCGUCUUAAUCAAUGGUGCCUGAUGACAUUAAAAUGUAAAUCAUACACCGGUUUGUCGUUCCAACGAGCAAUCUCAGCGCUACAACCAGUACUGCUUUGCAUCAAUAUAGUCGUAGCUAAGAUCGCUUUGUCAAACGUGCUCAGGUCCAAACAGACUGUGUCAUUACGUGAAAGACAAGGGCCCAUACAUUUCGAAUAUAAUCCAGGACACAAUGGAAUGAGUGUUAAUGUUAUUUUCACAUUAUCCAUGCACGACAGUCACUAUUCAUCCCAUUACCAAUUCUGGUACUAUUUCAACAUGUUGAUAAUCACGUAGACUUUUAGUUAUUGUUCUUAUUUCCAUUUUACUUAGUAUGUACAUGUUUCAAGGUUGCAGAGUACGGUAUCCGACAACAACGUUCCUUCGUUGUAUUCCACAUUAAUCGAUUUUUGUCAUGUUUUUAUUAUUAUUUUAUUUUUUAUUUGAGCUGCUUUCACACAAUUAAAAGACAAAGACUUUGGGAUAA